AUGUCGAGUCAAACAGCCCCAGUCAUCCCUCCCCGACCGUCAAGAUCCCCUCAACAAGGCCUUGCACCUCCCUCAGCAGACAUGCCCAGGAUCCCUCCUCGUCCUACUCACCGCAUUGAGCGCUCUGUGUCUCCCUACCGCGAUAGCUAUGCACCUUCUCCCUUGAACGACCUGCCCAAUGGUUCGGGUAUGAAGCGUACCCCCUCGACCGAUCUGCCUCCUCGUCCGCCAAGUGUCACAAUUCCCUCUUUGGGUGAAGAGGGUAUCGAGUACGAAGAUUUGGAUGUUGGCAACGUCUCCGACACCCACCAGUCGACCCCCGCGGAAACACGCAACGUGGGAAGCGAUCUCAAGCUCCAUGCGCCAAGGCCAUCUUUACCCUCCUCCAGUGCCAAGGCCAAGGUGCAGGCUGUCACACGUACAGAUUCCCGUCAAGCUGCUGCAGCCGGUCUGGGCCGUGCCGGGUCUCCUCUUCAUGAUGAUCAUGCCGAGAGGCCCACUCGCUCAUCGCAUUCGCGGGCUAGUGGCUCACGCGCUGAAUCUUCCACCGCGUCCGCAGAUCGCCGACAGUCACUCCACGGUGACGAACAUGGGAUCCCGGAGAUUGGGCAGAGAGUCCCCAUGUACCCCAACGCGGGCGAUGUCCAGGCUCCGUCCCCAAGUCCAUACGUCGUGGAGCACCAGCAGCAACGUCCAGGUCGGAGUCACAACAGAAGCCGUAGUGGUCGUGAGGCCUCUCUGCCACCCGGAAGUUAUGGCCUGCAUGGGCACGGUGUACCCGCGAACGACAAGUUCGAAAAGGCGUGGUACGAGAAGCACCCUGAAGAAUAUGUCAAGGAAGAACAAGGCCAAUAUGGUCCCGGUGUUGGCACGCCUAGACCAGAUUGGGCUUUGAGCAGCGACGACCUGAACAAGAUUGUUCGAGGUUCUGCCGUCACUGGCUCUGGACUCGGCACCUCGCCUGCUGUGGUGGGAACUCCAGAAGAGGAAGUCGGUUAUAUUGCCUCUGACGAGUAUACGCAUCGCUUGUCAUCGCCGCCUCCCGAGUCGCGCCGCGAUUCUCGUCCGGCGUUUGAGUCCCCACUCCGCAAGUCAAGCUUACCAGCCACAGAGUCUCAGGCACAAGGAGAAGACGCGGUGGAGAAGGAUGCAGGCGAGAAGUCAGAAGCACCUCGAGUGAUCCAUGUUGACGAGCCGUAUCACCACUUGCACCACCCCGAUGGCUUUGCUCAAAUUCCGGACCCGGAAGAGCUCAACCGCGGCGUCGCUGAUGGCAAUGAAGACGACGAGCCCAUAUUGGCUGCUGACGAAGUGCGUCCCGAGUCGGCUUACCAGCAUCCUGCUGUCUCGCCUUCGUUCGAAAGGAGUGGUAGUGUCGAUUAUGAAAGCAGAAGUCACACCCCUAGUGUCACGCACAGCAGGUCUAACAGCCGGGCUGCUAGUGUACAGAAUAGCAUGCCUGCUUUGACACGAUAUGACUCGCGCGAAGAGCACGGAGGCGUCUACACCCCUCUUGAAGAUGUUGAAGAAUAUGAGCCCCUGUUCCCUGAGGAUGAUGCGAAGGACAAGAAGACUGUCUCAACUGCAGAGCGCUUUAAGCAGCGUCCGGAGCUCAAGCACCGGUUCCCUAGCCAGGAUAUCUGGGAAGAUUCGCCUAACAGUCUGCAGCUGCACGCCACGGUGUCUACCCCAGAGGGCCCCAAGCAGGAGGCGUUCGAGACUCCUGAACAAGAGUCGUUCCGUCGGAGCCACGCGAGUCAUUUGGAUCCCCAUCAGGUCGCGACGCAGAUCUUGGAAUCCGAAGAGCAUGACGAGAAGCCUCCUGCUCGACCGGAAGUGGCCAAGCAAAGAUUUCCCAGCCGUGACAUCUGGGAGGAUGCGCCUGAAAGCCAUACACUAGUGACGACCAUAGAGCCGUCAGAGGAAGAGGUCAAAAGCCCAGAAGUUCCCUCAAAGCCAAGCAUUCCACUACGCCCUCAGAAACGUCCGCAGCAAGCCCCAGCAGUGGAUGCGUCAACGAAGCCGGUCACUUCCCCUACUGAAAAGCGUCAACCACCAGUCAUCCCGGAUAGACCCAAGCCUCAAAUUCCAGCCCGUCCAGCCAAGCCUAUCUCUCGUGCAAGUCCCGAAGAGUCAAAGGAUGCAGCCCCCAAACCCAAACCGGCCGUGCCAGCGCGUCCUGGCGGUAGCAAGAUUGCUGCUUUGAAGGCAGGAUUCCUGUCGGAUCUGAACUCACGGCUGCAGCUUGGCCCGCAGGCCCCUCCCAAGCCUCAGGAGAAAAAGAAAGAGGAAGAGGCCGCCCCAGUAGAGAAGCAACCUUUGAGUGAUGCUCGGAAGGGUCGUGCUCGUGGACCUGCGCGGAGAAAGCCUGCCGUUGAGAAAGCCAGCACGAGGUUACCCACCAUUCCUGAGGUCAAGAUCACCACAACGUGGAAUGUCUGGCAAGUUGGUGAAGACGGUAACUUGGUCGUUGGAUCUGAAGUCAACCCUGCUGCUCCUGAUACCAAGCCCGAUACCAUGGCCCCAGCGAUUGCAAAGAACACCGCCGGUGAAUCUGUCGAUCCGCAGCCAUUACCGGCGAAGGAAGAACAAGCCCCAGCUUCACCAGAGGACACGACAGUCACCGAGUCCAAGGAACCUACAUUCACCGAGGCUGCCCACUCAAUCCCAACAACCACCGACAGUGCGGCUGAACCAAGCCCCGCUGUAGAACCCGUGGUCAAGGAGGAUGUUCCCAUUGCCAAAGAAACCUCAUCCCCUGAGCAAGACGUCGAAAACGUCGCCGAAACCCUAGCCGCCUCUGCGGACGGCAAACGGCCUUCGGAAGGUGACAUUGGCGAGAUCCAGUGA